AUUGGUAGCAUUUGUUUGUGACGAAUCUUGCGAAGCGAAAUCCAGGCCACAGUUGGUGACAUCGACCAGCGACACGUCAACCAGACGGAAGAAGCUUUCAGUCCAACCAUCCUGUCACUGCUUUGGUAAAAUUGGGACUAUUUCUUAUCAAAAUGGGUGGGUUGUUCUCUAGUCUCUUCUCGGGCCUGUUCGGCACCAGAGAAAUGAGGAUUUUAAUCCUGGGUUUGGACGGUGCAGGAAAAACCACUAUUCUGUACAGGCUUCAGGUUGGAGAGGUGGUCACCACAAUCCCCACAAUCGGCUUCAACGUCGAGACAGUCACAUACAAAAACCUGAAGUUCCAAGUGUGGGAUCUGGGAGGACAGACGAGUAUCAGGCCCUACUGGCGGUGUUACUACUCGAACACAGAUGCCGUCAUCUACGUCGUUGACAGCAGCGACCGCGACAGGAUGGGCAUCUCAAAGUCUGAGCUGGUGGCCAUGUUGGAGGCAAAAGAGCUGAAGAAGGCAAUCCUUGUGGUGUUUGCGAACAAACAGGACAUGGACCAGGCGAUGACGCCGACUGAAGUCGCCAACGCUUUGGGCCUUCCUGCCCUCAAAGACAGAAAAUGGCAGAUCUUCAAGACUUCGGCCUUGAAAGGCACAGGCCUGGACGAAGCCAUGGAGUGGUUGGUGGAUUCAUUGAAGAGUCGGCAGUAAAGGCUGCCAUCUCGUCUGUACAUACUCCUGACCUCUGGCCCCUCUGUAUGAAGCCUUGUGACUGUCCCCUUCCCCCAUUCCCUACUUUCUUUGGACUGGUGAUUGCACUCCUAUUCUCUCCUCUGUCCUUUUCCCCACCCUACACCCAUCUGAAGCCUUGGCCAAAUCCCAAUGCCUAACGCCUUUCAAGCCUGGGACUGAGAAGUGAAGGCUGCAGUAACGUCUGGACUGGACAUGUGAAGUUUCUGGAGAACCUCAAGGCUGAAGGGCAGCAGUUCGAUCGUGGUGUCUGCAUUUUCUUAAGGUUCGGAAAUGCAUCCGAGUGUCAGUCGGCAACACCUGUGUGAACAAAUGCUAAUUGUUGCUAUUUUUAUUAUUCCGUUUGCAGUAGCUUUGACACUAUAAGAAAUUGCUGUGGGUUAAGAGGAGAUUCUGUGGCAUUUCUGCAUCAGUUAACUUCUCCCGGAGAGAUUCAGUAAGUUGUGUGCAACAGUGAAAAGAUGCAACAUAGAACCAUAAGGAGGCAGCGUUUUCCCAUAAAAGAACAGAUAUCACAGAUUUGACAGGACAAAUCUGAGACUUUAGGGCUACACUAUGAAGCAAGUUAAACAUAGCCGGGCUUUCGGUUCGUUAGCUGGCUUGUCAAAACCUAAAACUUGGUUAGCAACUUCCUGUUAACCAGGCUCUGUUUGUUUCUGCGCAAAAUGGAGAAAUGUUGUUCCGCCUAUCUGAGAAGAACAGGUUGUUAUAAUGAAGAAUGUAAAAAUAAAACAGGGAAUUGGUGAAAGAAGGUGCUUCUGCUUCUUGCAGCUGAUUUAAAAUCCCAAACUGAACAGAAUCUCCUCCAGACUGGGUUAGCUGUGUGGUAUAUGUUACCAUGGUGAUCUAGCAGGUUAAACUAAUCCAACAUACCUCUGCAGGCUUAAGACUGAUUUCCUUCACUAGAUCCCAAACUCAGAGAAAAGCAAACAAUUUCUCUGCAUCUACUGUCCACUAGCCAAGUGUUACUGCAGCCUUUGCUGUUUUUGUUUUUGUAGUCUUGCAGAUGCAACGUCAUGGAUUUCUAUGCUUUUUCUUCCUGUUGAUUUGUGUUGUUUUUAAAUAAUUCAGUGGUUAAAACCUUUUUUUUCCCACCUCCCCCAAUUGAAAUCCUUGGUUGCAGCUUUGGCAUAUUAGUCAUUUAGUUACUGAACACUAACUGUAUGCUGAAAGUUUUCUGGGUGCAUAUUUAUAUCUGCUUGUACAGUGAAAAUGAUUCUCAGUAAAGACUGCUAUCAGUGAUUGUA